UGUGAACGUCCGAGUGUUCGGAUACUCUCCAGUUGCCCUGACGACAUGUUGCCUUUCAUAAGGUGACAUUAAGAGUGAGUCGGCCGCCAUGUUGGAACUGUGGGCUGCGUUGUUGCUGUUGUUGUUGUUGGUACCAGCAGAUUCGAGGGUAGACGAUAACGUCAAGUACUCGACCCUCAUUGGACGCCGUAACAACAUCUACAACACACCUUAUGAUGGGGCCAAGCAACUGAACAACUCUAGUUUCGUGGCGUUGUACCAGUCCGCGGGAGACGGUGUACGUCGUCAGCCCGUGUUGCCUCCAGACUUGGAGUUCCCUUGUCCGCCGUGGACGCGGGUGCGAUCCCCGGAGAGGCCCUCCAGUGUCCACCACCUGCGACCCGGAGACAUCGACGUGGUCGGCGCCUUGGGUGACAGCCUAGUCGCCGGCAACGGGGCUCUGGAGGAGUACGCCCUCGGUACCAUCAUAGAGUACCGUGGAGUGUCUUGGUGCGCUGGUGGUGAUGGUACAUGGCGCCAGUUCCUAACUCUGCCAAACAUCCUCAAGAUGUUCAACCCCAACUUGACCGGUUACUCUGUAGGGAAGGGCGAGUUUCUAUCGCCCAACUCUCACAUGAACGUCGCCAUCCCCGUGUCUGCGGACGCCGAUGCGCUCAAACAGGCGCGCAUGAUCGUCUCCAAGAUGAGGAAGGAGCGCAACAUCGACUUCCACAACGACUGGAAGUUGAUCACAAUAUUCUUCGGUGCCAACGACCUGUGCUCAGGCCAGUGCUACGACCACACCGGUACAACCCCUGAGGCUCACGCCUUUAAGCUGCGACUGGCUCUAGACUACCUGCAAGAACGGCUGCCGAGAACUCUAGUCAACCUAGUUCCAGUUCUAGACGUGUCAGUGAGUGUGCGUGUGAAGAGGUCGCUGAUGUGUCGUCUGCUACAUCGCUUCUUCUGCACCUGUUUCCAUCUGCGAGGAUCAGCUGAUGAGAUGAGCAUCAUCACUGACCUCGUUCGAGGAUACCAGGAGGCUGAACAGUUACUGGUAUCAAGUGGACGAUACAAUCAAAAACAGGACUUCACAGUAGUGAUCCAGCCUUUCAUAAAGCUGUUCAAUGCACCACUGGAGCCUCACCAGAGGUAUAAACAUGCGAUUGACAUCUCCUAUGUCACUUACGACUGCUUCCACUUCAGCCAGAAGGGCCAUGCUAUGGCGGCCAAUCUGUUAUGGAAUAACAUGCUAGAGCCUGUUGGUCACAAGACCACAAAGGCCCUGGACUAUAUGAUGGAGAAGUUCUACUGUCCCACAGAGCAAGCUCCCUACAUCUUCACCUACAACAACUCAGUGCGCUUCCUAGAAACUGGCCGACAGGACUGACACAAACCAGCAUUCUGAAUAACAAAGACAUUCUUUUCUGUUAAAAUCAAAGACAUUCUACCAUUUGUACAUUUGUAUAUGUAAUAAAUUGUAAAUAUAUAGUUUAAUGAAUAUGUUUAAGAAAUACCAUUUGACUUGC